AACACUCCGGCGUAUGUUAGUUAUUGCAAGAAAUUAUCAAAUUAAAUACUUUAAAUUGCAAUGUCACAUGAUUUCAUCCACGAAAUUACGUGCACUUCAAACAAUUCGAUUUAAAAUGUUUUCCGCCAUACUUUAUGCUUGUCAUCAGUGAUAUAAUAUCGAUAAGUCAACUAUCGCGACAUACUCUCGAAAAUUUGAUAGUUCUUGAUUUUGUCCAUCUCUUGUUGUUGUUGAAUUGUAAUUAAUAUGUAUAAGGAAGUUUCGCUGAAAUUUAAUGAACACAACCAUGGAACAAGUAUGCCGCACUUGCAUGACCAGCUCAGUGGCACUCGUUGAUAUAUUCACCGAUCAGAGGGAACCAAGUCUGGCAGCUAUGUUAAACGAGUGCGUCGCCUCCAUAAAAAUAGAACCAAAUGAUGAGCUGCCGCAGAAAAUGUGCCUCUCGUGCAUUUGUGAUAUACAAACGGCAUUCGCCUUCAAGCGCAGGUGCGAGAAGAGCCAUCAGGUGUUAAGCGAGAAACUUAAGAAAUGCAAGAUGAUGAGUGCAAUUAAAGUAGAAAUACCAGAGGAAGACAUAGACCUGGCGCGGGUUAAGAUGGAAGCAGACGAAUUGUUGAGUACUGGCGACAAAAUGGAAUGCAAACCUGAAGAGGGGAAUAUUGAUAGCUCCAAUCAAACCUCUUCUAGCACUCUGCUGGAUAGCGCAAAACUAAAGAACAGCGAGCUGAAUGUCCAGUCCGAACUGCUUGAAACAGAAAACUGGGAACUGGCGGAGCAGGACAUAGAUCUAGGCCAUGUCAAGGUCGAAAAGGAUAAUGAGGAUUAUAUCAAGGAGCAACAAGCUGAAACUGAAGUUUUCAAUCCCACUGCUGCUGGCGAGAUGCCUUCUGGCAUAGAUAUGAAAAAAGGCCAGUUUAUGUGUCCGCACUGCAAAAAAGCAUUUACUCAAAAAUCCCACCUCAAUGCACAUAUUCGUACGCAUACGGGCGAACGGCCAUUUCAGUGUCCACACUGCUCGAAGGCGUUUAGUCAGUCGUCGAAUCUGCGCAAGCACAUCAGCAUCCAUUCCGGUGAACGUCCCUUCAAGUGUCCCCAUUGCCUGAGAGCGUUUAUGCGGCACACGGAUCUUCAAUACCAUGUCUCCACGCAUCCAGGCAAACAAAUCUACAAGUGUUCGCAGUGCACAAGAUACUUUAUCGAGGAGGCCGAGCUGGAGGAGCAUAUGCGGUAUCACAGCGGAGAGCGUACCUACAAGUGCACAGAGUGCCCCAGGGAAUUUGUCUAUGCCUGGCAACUGCAGCGACAUAUUCGAACGCACACGGGCGAGCAUCCCUUCAAGUGUCCACACUGCCCCAAAAAUUGUAUAGAUAAGGGAGAUCUGGGCAGGCACAUACGCUCCCACACCGGCGAGCGUCCGCACAAGUGUCCGCACUGUCCAAAAGCCUUCACUCGCGCUGCCUAUCUCAAAACGCACAUUGGCACUCAUGCCGAGAGUUCGUGUUAACAAUUUUAAUUUAAAACAAAUUAUUUUUCGAGAUACUCAAAGAUAAUUACAUAUUUAUUUGUAUAUAUAUAUAUAUAUUAGUAUUUAUUCAUAUAGAUAGGAACUAAAUAUUAAGUAAUAACAUUCAAAAUUGUUUAAUAUAAAUAUUUAAAUCAAA